AGUAGCAGGUUAUGGAAUUCUGAGUGUGUGGCACAGGCUUUGCUUUGCUCUGGGGUAACCUGGAGGGCCUGGCAGCACCAUGGCAUAUGGAGCCACGCAUCCCCUGUUCUCCAGUCCUGGGAACUCCUGGGAAAGGGCUGUUUUUCUGGCAGAGAACAGGCAGCACCCGGGGAGUCCAGAAAGCCAGAAAGCACUGUGUGCAUGGUGGGAGCUGCAAGGAAAACAUUCAGGCUGGGUUUGGGUCACACCCCAGGGUGGUCAGUGCCCGUGGGACAGCAGUAUCUUCAUUGCCUGCUGCUUUCCUCUCCCACAGACGCUAUGCUGGGGCUGCCUACGCUCUGUUCCAAAGAUGCUUUCCCGCAGAAAACAAGUGCCAGGCAGCUCAGAGGGCUCCAGCCUCCGCCGCUGCCUCUCCACCGUGGACCUCAUUGCCCUGGGAGUGGGCAGCACCCUGGGGGCUGGGGUCUAUGUCCUGGCAGGGGAAGUGGCUAAGACCAGCUCUGGCCCGAGCAUCGUCCUUUCCUUCCUGAUUGCAGCUGUGGUGUCUGCCCUGGCAGGGCUGUGCUACGCCGAAUUCGGGGCCCGGGUGCCCCUGGCUGGGUCUGCCUAUCUCUACAGCUACAUGACCGUGGGCGAGCUGUGGGCUUUCGUCGCUGGGUGGAAUCUGCUGCUGUCCUACAUCAUCGGUACUGCCAGUGUUGCCCGGGCCUGGAGUGCUACCUUCGACCAGCUCCUCGGCAAGAAGAUGGGGAGGUUUUUGGGUGCUCAUGCGGCCAUGAGCUCUGUGGGGCUGGCAGAGCACCCAGAUGCCUUUGCUGCUGGCCUGGUGGUCCUGCUGGCAGGGCUUCUUUCCUUUGGAGUGAAGGAGUCCACCAUGGUCAACAAAGCUUUCACAGCUCUCAACGUGCUCAUCCUCCUCUUCAUCACAGUGAGUGGCUUCAUCAAAGGUGACCUGAGCAACUGGAAGCUCAGGGAGGACGACCUGCCACGGGCAGCUUCCCAUGAGAAUGGGAACCAGUCCAUGGCCAACAACAUGACCAGUGCCUUUGGGGUGGGAGGCUUCAUGCCCUAUGGUUUCACUGGGACCUUGGCUGGAGCCUCUACCUGUUUCUAUGCCUUUGUUGGAUUUGACUGCAUUGCUACCACGGGAGAAGAAGUGAGGAACCCGCAGAGAUCCAUCCCCAUGGGCAUCAUCCUCUCCCUCCUCAUCUGCUUCCUGGCAUACUUUGGGGUGUCUGCCGCCCUCACCCUGAUGAUGCCCUACUACCUCCUGGACACCAUGAGCCCACUCCCAGUGGCUUUUCAGUAUGUUGGCUGGAGCAGUGCAAAGUACACUGUGGCUGCAGGGUCACUGUGUGCCCUGACAACCAGCCUCCUGGGCUCCAUGUUCCCCAUGCCACGGAUCCUGUAUGCAAUGGCUCGAGACGGGCUCCUCUUCAAACCCCUGGCCAAAGUUAGUCGCCGUCAGUGCCCGGUGGUGGCAACGCUGGUGUCUGGAGGAUUGGCAGCUCUCCUGGCCCUUCUCUUCAACCUGAAAGCCCUGGUGGACACGAUGUCCAUUGGCACACUGCUGGCCUACUCCAUGGUGGCUGGCUGUGUGCUGCUGCUCAGAUAUCGGCCUGGACCCAGCACUUGGGACAAUCCUGUGAGGAAGGUCCCAGCUGUGCAGCUCUGGUGGGACCACCUUGUCCGGCCACCCCUGCAUCCCACCCCACGUUCCUCCUCUGCAGUGGCCUGGGCUCUGACAGCCGUAGGUGCGCUCAGGAGUGAUGGAUGGGCUUUACAGGGACCCAGCGUGGGGGGCCCACGGGGGACAUCUCAGGCAGGUUCCUGCUCAGUGAAAACCACCCAGCAGGAUGCAGGAUCUGCCUGGCUCCUUCCUGCCCUCUCCCCAUUACCACACAGCUGGCUACCCCAAUGGGAUCUUGGGAAACCUCAAGCUUCUUCUGCUUCCCAGACUGGAGAGAAAAGUUAAACCCAUCAUGAAAAGACACCCAGCCCUGUCUCCCCGUUGUCCUUUGUCCCACCAUGGCAGCCUGGGUGCUGCAUCACAGGAGAGGGAUGGUCCUUGCCUGGGGAAGUGCUGCCCUGACACACUGCCGUGGUCCCUCCACAGCUGCCCUGGU